AGUGGAGAAAAAUGUCUAAUAUCUAUUGUCAGUUCCAGAAUUUUGCAGAAAGGUUUACAUUUCUUUUUGAAGAAGUCCUAGUGUUAUUUUACAUGAUGCCAAAUAAAUGUUGAAAUUCACAUACUUUUUUAAAAAAAGUUUUUUCAAAUGUGGCAAACUAAUGUUUUUGAAGCAACUCAGCUUUUGAAGACUCAGCCUUUUGAGGAGCAGGCUUUUAAAUUAAUAAGAAAAGGGUAUUCUAGAGAAUUCUGGCAUACGAAAAGGUUUUAUGAUUUAUGGAAGUUGGGGUUUAUGAGGCCAUACAUUAUCAGAAUAAAUGGUGGUCUUGUUCUUCUGUAUUUUCCUAGUUCCUCAGGCUUAGAAUGGAAAGAGUGAAUACGUUGAGAUUGUCUGGCCAUGGGAAGGAGAAGAUGCCUGCUCCAAGGGUGCCAGUGCUGGCAGCAAGAUCAGUGGAUCUCUUCUCUUCCAGGAGACAUGGAGGAAUAGAUUGAAGAAAACAUGGCCAAUCAACGGGAUUACAUUAGCAGACCUAUUUGCAAUGGAAUUUCUGUUCCUGAAAAUAAAAUCAAUUCCUUAGUGGCUGAAGGUCAUGGACAACAAAUUCUAAAAGUACUACAAAAGUUCAGAGAACAAAACACAUUUUUUGAUUUUAAAAUUCUUGUGAAAGAUGAAAUAAUUCCCUGUCAUCGUUGUGUACUGGCAGCAUGCAGUGAUUUUUUCAGAGCCAUGUUUGAAGUUAAUAUGAAAGAACGGGAUGAUGGCAAUGUUACUAUUAGUAAUCUAUCACCCAAGGCAGUGAAAGCUUUUCUUGAUUAUGCCUACACGGGAAAAACAGAGAUAACCAAUGAUAAUGUGGAAAUGCUCUUCCAACUGUCGUCAUUUCUUCAAGUUUCACUCCUUUCCAAAGCUUGCAGCGACUUCCUAAUAAAAAGUAUUGAUCUUGUGAAUUGCUUACAGUUGCUUUCUCUAUCAGAAAGUUAUGGGUCUGUCCGCUUGUUUGAUCAUGCACUAGAUUUUGUACAACACCACUUUUCAUUGCUGCUCAGAUCGAGUGAUUUCUUGGAGAUGAAUUUUGAGAUAUUACAAAAAUGUCUUGAGGCUGAUGAAUUAAAUGUCCCUGAGGAAGAAUCAGUGUUGAAAGCUGUCCUCCAAUGGACCAAACACAACUUAGAAACACGGCAGAAAUACCUACCUAAUUUGAUUAAAAAAGUGAGAUUACACCAGUUACCUGAAAAGACUUUGCAGGACUUUCUGCAUUCUGAAGAACACUUACUUAAGAGUGCUAAUUGCUCAGUAAUAAUCAGUGAUGCAGUUAAAAGUGUGCAGAACUUCAGUGGAUUGUUUCCAGAUGCACGUCCUUCAACAACAGAAAAAUAUAUAUUUGUUCAUAAAACUGAUGAAGAUGGAGAAAACAGACAUACAUUCUGCUACAACAUCAAAACAGAUAAAUGGAAAGAACUACCACAUACACACAUGAUUGAUCUGCCAGGGUCAAGUUUGUCUAGCUAUGGAGAAAAAAUUUUUAUAACUGGAGGAUGCAAGGGGAAUUGUUAUAGGACUGUCAGGCUUCAUAUUGCUGAGCCGUUUCAUGAUGCCACUGACCAAACCUGGUGCUACUGUCCAGUCAGCAAUGAAUUCUCCAUAGUGUCAGCUAUGAAAAAACCGAGGACAAUGCACACAUCUGUUGUAACCUUAAAUCAGCUCUUUGUAAUAGGUGGAAAGACCAGAGGAGCUCAAGAAACUCGGAGUCUUUUGGAUGUAGAAUCCUAUAAUCCUCUUUCCAAAGACUGGAAAUCUGUAAGCCAGUUACCAAGAGGUAUCUACUAUCCAGAAGCAAGUGCAUGCCAGAAUAUCAUUUAUGUCCUUGGCUCAGAAGUAGAGAUUACUGAUGCCUUUAAUCCGUCUCUUGACUGUUUCUUUAAGUAUAACGCUAUGACUGAUCAGUGGUCUGAGCUUGUAGCAGAAUUUGGGCAGUUUUUCCAUGCAACUCUAAUCAAAGCUGUUCCAGUGAACUGUACAUUGUACAUAUGUGAUCUCUCCACCUACAAGGUCUACAGUUUUUGCCCAGAAACCUGUGUUUGGAAAGGGGAAGGAUCUUUUGAAUGUGCUGGCUUUAAUGCAGGGGCAGUUGGGACAGAAGACAAAAUUUAUAUACUAGGUGGUGAUUAUGCUCCAGAAGAAAUCACAGAUGAAGUUCAAGUCUACCACAGUAGUAGGUCUGAGUGGGAAGAAGUUUCACCAAUGCCAAGAGCCUUAACUGAGUUUUACUGUCAGGUCAUUCAGUUUAAUAAAUACAGAGACCCCUGGUCACCUGUACUGACAAUUUGCUCUGGAGAAUUUUGAAACUCCCAAGUCAAAAGAGUAUUUAAAUGCACAAGUUGUAGAACAGUUUUUAAGUAUUAGUUUACAGAUGAAGAAAUAUGUACUCAUUUGUUUAAAUUUUCAGUUUAAAUUAAAUGCUGUAGGAUUGCUUUUGGAAGAGUCCAUUAAAAUGUCAUUCAUGCUAGUCAUUAUAUGGACAGUAUUACUUAAUUUUAUAUACAGCUCUUCCCUGUAAUUAUAAAAAUAUUUUUCAAAAUAAUAUUAAUUUUCCAAAAGUAAUACUCAUGAGGAAUUAGUUGUGUAAUAUGUGCCAUUAUUUCUGUAAUAUUCACAGUUGUCCCAAUAGACAAAUUGCUAAAUGAGAAAACUGACUGUGAUACUGUUUUCCCUAUGUAACUGAAGUUUAAAAGACAUUUUCAUUAGUAUUAUUUAGAUUUUCUAUGUUCAUAAACAUGUCAGAGGAAUUUGUUGUCAGCUUUAUCUUAUCACAAUGACCUUAGCAAGGACAAGAGCCAAAGUGACCUUCACAGUAUUAAAACCAGGUAUCUAACUUGAAGAGACUGAUAAUUCCCGUCAUCUUACUUCAGCUCUUCAGUUUUACCAGUUUUUCUCCAUCCUUGUGCCUUAGUAGUAGCUUUAUUUUCUGUUUCCAUUCCAUUAACUGUGGCAAAGUAAACUUCCGUAACAUACUGCAGGGUAGGUAAGACUUGUACACGAUAGAUGAUUCAUGCAAUAUCUUUGCUUCAGUCGUGUUGCUAACUAAAGAAAAAACAAUUCAGGAUGUUUUCUAACAGAAGUCUUCCAUCUCUGAAGUCUUCAGUGCUACCUACUAAGCAGUCACUAGGCUGCUUAUAGCAGCAAGCUGUAAAAAAAAUCAUAGCUGUUGCUUCUGUUAACUAUGGGAAAAGUUUGUAUCUUGUCAUGCUUCAAAUACAAAAUUACAAAAUGACACCCCCAUAUUAAAAGUCAAUAGUAAAUAGUAUUUCUGAGGUGAGAAAUCAUCUCU